GUUUUACAAUAAAAUUGGAAAAAUGACAAAGAAAUAUCUGGUCUGGUCUUUUUUUAUAUAAUAUAUACAAAUACAUGUCAACUAUUACUCCACAUAAUGCUCUAUAUGAUUCAAUGACACAACUACCUCUAAAUCAGUAUCACCAACAAACAAACUGUUCUUCUCUUAACGAACUAAGACAACGUGUUUUAGUUAACCUAGCAGAUAAAGAGGUUUAUAGCAUUAGACGAUGGAUCAAUUCAGUAAUCAACUUAUACGAACAGGGAGAUUAUGCUAUUCUUCACAAUGAUCUAGAAAAUGCUUAUGUUUCUUAUAUGCGAGGCUGCAGCAUUUUAGUAGAAAUUAUCAAAAGGCAUUCUACUUAUGAACAAUUCCGUCAGGAUCCCGUUUUAAUGAAUUUAAAAAGGAGAACAAACGAUGAAAUAUUUUUGAUUUUAGAAGAGUUAGCAUUAAAACUCGAAGCCUUAUAUAUGUUAAAACCGAAACAACAACAUAAAAAUUAUAUACAAAAAUCAGACUAUUCUCAUUUAAAUAAUCCUUAUAUUCAUAAACAAAGUCAAUAUUCCAUAACAAAUAAUAAUAAUAAUAUAUCAACACAGCAACAACAAUCUAUUCCUUCUUUAGUAUCUAGUUCUAAUUUAUUGCAUAAUCAAUCGUCUCCAAAUCAAAUAAUGUCAGCAAAUUUGAAAAUACCAAAUAAUACUGUCAUCCGUUUACCUUCAUGGACCUCUAAUAUCCUUCCAUUUAAUUCAACAGUUGAACCUAUUGAACUAGCACGAUGGAUUACAGCAAAGUCAAAUCCACCUAGUAUUUUAUUAAUUGAUGUACGGCCUAGAAAUAUCUUUAAAAGCGGCUGCAUCAAGCAUCAAUGGAUUAUUCAAGUAGAACCUAUCGUAUUACAAAAAGAGGCUAUGACAAUUAAAAUUCAGGAAUCCUUAUUACAAAAUCCUGAGGCAGAACAAAUAUUAUUUUCUGAAAGAGCAAGAUUUGAUUUGAUUGUUUACUAUGAUCAAAAUUCUAAAACAGUGGAGACUUCUAAUAUACCUACUAACAAUAUACGACGAGCUUUGGAGGCUGGUCAACUAAGAAGACCUCCAAUGCUAUUAGCUGGUGGAUUUGAUGCCUGGAAAUCUACCAUAGGUGAAAGAGGCAUUUAUGAUUUUUCAUCUUUAAAAGAAAGAAGGCAUUCAUUUAGUUUAACGGAUAGCAGUAAUAGCUCUAGAACGAGUAGUCUUCAUUCUUUUUCUAAUCAACCAGAUCAAGGUUAUAAUUAUCAUAACGGAAAAUCCAUUCCUCAACAAUAUCCACUUUCAUUAUUGACAUCAUAUUAUCAUCAUCUUACAGUGCCUCAACCAUUACCAACAGCUCCCAAAAAAGAGCCUUAUAGAUAUCCUGAGCUUUUAUCUCCUACAACUACUGAAACAGCUUUGAUUCCUUCUUUACAACAACAGCAAACUAAUUUAUGUCCAAUUCCACCUUCUUAUCCAAAUCCCCAUAAACGAAGAACAUAUAUCGAUAAUCCAUUUAACGGCUUUACAAAUGCUACUAGUACGCUUUAUGAUGUACCCCCAAUUAAAUUAAAUAAUAAUAAUAAUAAUAAUAAUAAUACAAUAAAUAAGCAACGACCCUCAUCAGCAGAGUCUAUGUCUACAACUGUGUCAUUAAAUAGACCUUCCGCUUUAAAGGAAUUUCAUCAUUUUUCAACAAAUAAUAUUCAUUCUGUUUCUAGCUCUAUUUCUCAAUUAGGAGGUGUCAUCCAUAUUGGUACUACAGGAUUGAAAAAUUUAGGAAAUACAUGCUAUAUGAACUCGAUCAUUCAAUGUUUAAGUGGAACUAUACCUCUUGCUAGAUACCUUAUAUCUGGUACUUUUAGACAACAUGUCAAUAGGGGUAACAAGUCAGGAACAGGAGGCGUUUUAGUGGAGACAUUUGCGGAUCUUUUACGGGUUUUGUGGAGUGAAAGUUGUAACUUUGUAUCACCCAUGACGUUCCGAGAGGCAUUAAUACGAUUUGCACCUCAAUUUUCAGGCACAGACCAACAAGAUUCACAAGAGUUCUUGAUGUUUUUAUUAGAUGGACUUCAUGAAGAUUUGAACAGCAGAAAUAGUCAUCAUAGUGUAAUUAAAGAAUUGAGUGAUGCUGAAUUUGAAAAACUCCCUGACUGGCAAGCGAGUUCUUUAUCUUGGGAAAAAUAUCUAGCUAGAAAUUCGAGUAUUAUUGUUAAUUUGUUUCAAGGACAAUACAGAAGUAAACUAACAUGUCUAUCCUGCAAACAAACUUCGACAUCAUACAACGUAUUUAUGUCCCUGUCACUCCCUAUUCCUGUAAAAAAACUACGACUGUCAAGUGUCACAUUAUAUGACUGUUUAGAUUACUUUGUUAAAGAAGAAACGUUAGAUAAAGAAGAUGGUUGGAAUUGUCCUAAAUGUCGAAAGAAACGAAAAGCAUUAAAACAAUUAACAUUAACAAGGACACCUGAUAUUCUUUUAAUACAUUUAAAACGAAUUUCUCCUGAUGGAUUAUUUAAGAAUAAAAUGGAUACCAUAGUGAAAUGUCCCACAAGGAGCUUGGAUCUAUCAGAUUAUAUUCCGACAUCAAUGACUCCUGCCCCAUCUCAGGAUCGGCCAUCAUAUAUCUAUGAUUUAUAUGCCGUUUCUAAUCAUUAUGGAUCACUUACAGGAGGUCAUUAUACUGCAUGUGUUAGAGAUGGAUAUAAAGAUAAAUGGCAUUAUUUUGAUGAUAGUAAAUUCUCAUUAUGUGAAGAAAACAAAGUGAUUACGAAGGCAGCUUAUAAUUUGUUUUAUGUUCGAUCCAAAAUUAAAUAAUUUUAUUAAAAAGAAACACAAUAAAAUAUGUAUGUAUGGGGAAAAAAAAAGGAAUGUUUUCUGGAGCAAAGUUAUUAUUAAAAAAAAAUAGUUAUGUGUAUGUUUUAAAGCAUAGGGAAGAUUCUUAUU